CAGGGCCAAGUGGUUGACUCAACCCAACGAGGACGCGGAGGAGCUGUUCCGGAUGGUGGGGGAGGUCUUCAUCUAUUGGUCCAAAUCCCACAACUUCAAGCGUGAGGAGCAGAACUUCGUGGUGCAGAACGAGAUCAACAACAUGUCCUUCCUGACGGCCGACAGCAAGAGCAAGAUGGCCAAGGGUGGUGGCUCGGAGCAGGAGAGGACGAAGAAGAAGCGUCGGGGGGACCGUUACUCCGUCCAAACCUCCCUCAUCGUGGCCACCUUGAAGAAGAUGUUGCCCAUCGGCCUCAACAUGUGCUCCCCCACCGACCAGGAGCUCAUCACCUUGGCCAAGGGGCGCUACGCCCUGAAGGACACGGAUGAGGAGGUGCGGGAGUUCCUCAACAACAACCUCCACCUUCAAGGCAAGUGCGAGAACAACUCCUCCAUGCGGUGGCAGAUGGCCCUCUACCGCGAGAUGGCCGGGAAGGCCGAGGACUCCGACAGCCCCGAGAAGAUCGUCCGGAGGGUUCAGGAGGUCUCGGCCGUGCUCUACCACCUCGAGCAGGGUGGUGGCUCGGAGCAGGAGAGGACGAAGAAGAAGCGUCGGGGGGACCGUUACUCCGUCCAAACCUCCCUCAUCGUGGCCACCUUGAAGAAGAUGUUGCCCAUCGGCCUCAACAUGUGCUCCCCCACCGACCAGGAGCUCAUCACCUUGGCCAAGGGGCGCUACGCCCUGAAGGACACGGAUGAGGAGGUGCGGGAGUUCCUCAACAACAACCUCCACCUUCAAGGCAAGUGCGAGAACAACUCCUCCAUGCGGUGGCAGAUGGCCCUCUACCGCGAGAUGGCCGGGAAGGCCGAGGACUCCGACAGCCCCGAGAAGAUCGUCCGGAGGGUUCAGGAGGUCUCGGCCGUGCUCUACCACCUCGAGCAGACGGAGCACCCCUACAAGUCCAAGAAGGCCGUUUGGCACAAGCUCCUCUCCAAGCAGCGGCGCCGGGCGGUGGUGGCCUGUUUCCGCAUGACCCCCCUCUACAACCUGCCCCGGUGCGGCACUGGGAGCAACUGGGAG